GACAUUUACAAGAAAUUUGUCAAAUAAUACACACUUGUAAUUUUUUUGAUAACAAAAAAAAAUGUGUUGUAAAUUUUAAACAUGAGAGUGCAAUAAAUUUAAUUUAAAUUCAAACCGAUUUAAUAAAUAAUAAUAAAUGCAAUCUUGCCCAAUAGGGGCAUUGCAUUCAUCCAUACUGUUCUAUUCAAUUUUCAACUAAAAUCGAUGUAAAACUUUUCCAUCGUUUCGUUGAAACAACAUUUUUUUCUAAAAUUAUUUAAAUAAAUUAAAAUCAUGUCAUGUGGAAUCCACAAAGCACUCUGGAUGAUUGUCACCAUCAUCAUAACAUUCUUUGAUCUUUUGGACUUGUGCAUUCGCAAGAUAAAAUCAUUCUUGCUGCGGUCAUAUGACUCGCUCAGUCAUCGUCACAAUUCUUAUGAGAUUGAUUAUCUGGAACGUUGUAAGCCAGACCUAACAAAAAUUCCAAAACAUCUCAGUAUUAUUGUUGGCCCAGACAAUGACACUGAAGCAGAGGUAUUGUCUAAAAUUGCAGCCUUUGCUUUGGUCAUGGACAUCGAUUACAUCAGCUUUUUCGAUGUCAAGGAGAAAGUUACUUUGGAAAAUGUACAAGUUCCCAAAUUUAUUUCGAGUAAAAAGAUGCAAAAUGGACACUUUUUGUGGUCAAUGCCAGGUGAUCGGAGCAACAAAACGGCUCAGUUAAAAUAUAAGAAUGGAAUGGAGAAAGCAAUUGAAGUUGUUGUACUAAGUAAAAAUGAAGGAAAACCUUUAAUUGCUGAAGUCUGCAGAGAGCUGUUUGAAAAACGUGACUCGACAGAGAUUCAAGAAGCCCUAAAAGAUCGACCAAGUCUAACAAGUAAAAUCUCAAAGUCACUUCAAAAGAAACUAAAUAAUAUGCCCGAUCCAGAUUGUGCCAUAAUAUUUAGUAAACACAUGUGCACAUUUGGAUUAUUGCCCUGGCAUACGGGAUUUACAGAGUUUCAUCUAAUUAAGACUGGUAGUUACUUUAAUGUUGGAACAUUUGCGAGAGUUUUGUAUCGGUUUUCCAAAUGCGAACAGCGAUUUGGUCAUUAGGUCUUAAUUAUUGUAUUAAUUUAGAUGCUAUUUUUUUUGUCCUUGUUCAUAGAAAAAAUAAAUUAAGACAUUUGUAAUAUAUUAAAUAAGUAAACAAAUUUGAAAAGACAUACAAUCCGUUUUUAUAUAAUAAAAAAAGAAUAAGAAAUUUCAUAUAGGAUAGCGGGAUCACAAAAUAAAUGAUUAGAUAUGAAUAAAUACGCCCGAAAUGCUUCAGCCUAUAAUCAACGGGUAGAAAGAAUGCUGUACAGUAAAAAAUGUUAUAGUUAAUCUAGUGACCAUGUAAAGUCAUGGUUAAAAAGGUGCCGAAGUAAGAAUAUUUUCGACAAAUAAUAAUUUUUUGUUACUUACCUCAAAAUGAAGAAACGUGUAAUAAUUGUUCUUAGUACAAAGUUCAAAGAUUGAAGAAAUAAUCUUGAUGUUUGUUGAUAAAGAACUUAUGUGAAUCAUAAGUUUAGAAUAAUUUUGUUUUUUUUUUUGUAAUAACUUAACUUAUUCAAUUUGAAACUUCAAUUGACCUCAACUCCAUAUGCGUUUCGCCCAGUGGACUCAACUCGAAAAUAUUUCGAAAUAAAAACAAAAUUUGUCUUCA